CCGGGGACAGUUUCGAUUCGUGCCCCGCGUGGAUUGUCGACCGCCGAAUCAGGCCGCAGCCUCGAUUGCGAUCUCAUGAUUCCGCUCGCUGCUGCUCCCUUUCCUGCCUCGAGCUGGCGCAUGGUUCGUUCGAUCACAUGUGGCCUGGCCUGGCCAGCCGAGCCCGUGCAUGCGCGCGACGGCAGGACGAGGACUCCUCGGUGGCCGGGCUCCGACUCGCAUGCACGCACGAUCGUCGCUUCUCUCCGAUCCCCCCCACCCUCACCCUCCAAUCACAUCGAUCGAUCGUCGAUCGGGGCCACAGUCGAAAUUGCCUACGGCUCUUGUGUCGGCUGGUGAAAGAAUAGCAGCUGAGGUUUUGAAUGUCAGGACGCUUUCGAGAUUGGCAUGAACAUUCCGAGUUUCGCUGCGAAGAUCGUUGAAGCUUUCGUCUUGCGAGAGAGAGAUAAUUCUGAGGUCUCGUCGAUAACGACCACGAGUUCAGUUAUUUAUUUGAGAGUCUGACCUGAAGAACCCUGAUGGGAUCACCAACAACAACAACCUGCUCUGCAACACUGAGAUGAGAUGAGACGAGAUGACACGCCUCCUCUCACUCUCUCAACCUGAGAUCGGCAAGAGCAGAUACAUCUUUGGUCUUGUUCUUCUCUUCCUUUCCGCCGGCCUUCCGACGGCGAAUGCUGCAGCUGCUGCAUCGACGCUGAGUCCGUACUGCAGCAACUUCGACAUAGCAGCUGGCAGCAGCUCCGUCAGUCUCCGCGAGGGGGUUGCCAACAAUGUCACCGUCACCCUCUGGACGCUGGAAUGCGAAGAUGACACUUGCAAAACUCAGAACACCUCCUGCUCCACGGCCUGUACGUCUUGCACUACGUAUGACGGCAGCCCGACUCUGACGAUUGUUGGCCAAGGAGUGAAUGCCAGUGCCAUUCCCGGAUUACAGUGCGUAAAUACAACGAACCAGGGCAUGGGCACGGGCCAUUGGAAUACACUCUGUACUCCAACGAACUCGCUUGCAGGGCACUCUGGUUACACGCUUCUCCUGAUUAUAUCGGAUCCAACCACCAACGCCACUUUGGCCAGCAAGUCCUCCAACGUCACUUUCGUUGCAGGAGAUAUCAACAUAAGCAAGUGCAUGGGAAGUAUUGAGAACGGGACGAACAAAGUCUACUUAGGUUACGACAACUCGCUUUUGAUAUAUUUGAUGGACGAUUGGAACAACACAGUUGGAUCAAAGACUGGUCGCCCUGGAUUACCAAUCAUUCCCUUCAAUGUCGAGAUUACAUGGAAUCCAGACGAUGGAAGCAAGGUUAGUCUGGGGCAACCCAUCACUGUAGAUACGAAGGGUGAUUACGGUUACUACGAGGCGAUCAUCGUUCCCCUGAAAGUUGGCAACUAUCUUGCCAAGAUCACAGUCAACACCACAUCCAUUCUUAACUCGCCGAUCGCAUUCCAGGCCGUCAAAGGGAAGAAAAACUCGGCAAGUUUGUUGCAGCCAUUUAUGUUCGGAUCAGGAGUGCAGGGCUUCGGCAUCUCAUUGGUAUGCAUGGCAAUUGUGUCCGUCAUGACUGCCAACCUGUUGUAGGCAAUAAGAGAGAUUAGAAAUUAUGACAAUGAACAUAAGUAGAUGGCAGAGAAAUCACACUGAAGUUCACAGAUUUGUGCUCAGAUUUUGUAUUUCUGGGUCGAUAUCGAUCCAGAAUAUGUGAGUUCUGGAAAUACACACACAUUUACGGC